AAAUGACGUAUGACGUCUUCCGCCGCUGUCAAGGGCAUCGAAAACUUCCGAACCUAGCAAUCGCUUUUGCACGUGCAUCCAAAGAAACUCUGUAAGGUCAUUAGUCUCAGACAGGACUCUUUGAAACAUGGACGGGUUCGGGCAGGACUUCUCUGCAGGAGGAUCAGGGGGUAAAUUGGACACUGGAACGAUCAUGGAGCAGGUCAAGGUCCAGAUAGCAGUGGCUAACGCACAGGAGCUUCUACAGAGAAUGACGGAUAAAUGCUUCAAGAAGUGCGUAGGUAAACCAGGGAGCUCGCUGGACAACUCUGAGCAGAAAUGUCUCGCCAUGUGUAUGGACCGGUACAUGGAUUCCUGGAACAUCGUGUCACGAACAUACAACUCUAGAUUACAGAGAGAAAGAGCUCGCAUGUAAUAUUCCUCUCUUUGAAGCCUUCCUCAGACUGAUGUUGAGGAGAAGCACAGUUUACCACCAGAGGGCAAGUAGCUGUGCACAGGUGUUAUGGCUCAGCACACCAUCAACUUCUAUCAUAAUACCUCACUCACAGACAGGCAAGCGUGCAGGUCCUGUGGACACCAGACAUAACAAACUCUUCUUUGGACAUUUUCCUUUCAAUCCCAUGAACCGUGUUUUUUCUGUUGAUAAUUAUUCUCUUGCUCAACAAGUAAACAUGCUUUGUAAUAUGAAAUGUGCUAUUUGGAGCUUCAUGUUCAUAGAUGUAUAGCUGUCCAAACUGAAGUUCUGAAUUUAAGUUUUGUUUGUGUGAAUGUGUUUGAAUGUGCCUGACCCUGUGAUGAUUAGCAACCUGGCUGGAAUGUUUCCUACAUUUUGUGCAGUGCAUGCUGGGAUAUGUGCCAGGCCCCUGUACAGGAAAAUCUGCAGUGUAGCAGUAUACAACACUGAUACAUUAUUUAACAGCACGUGUUUACUGUAGUAUUGCUUUUGUAGAAACCUUCCCCUUCUCUCCUUAAACUAAGAAACUUAGGUUGCUCAUGUCUUUAGUUUAGAAGCCUGCACAAGCACCACAUAUGAACUCAAAACAAUAUUUACAAAUAAGAAUACAGUCUCUCUCUCUGUCACUACAGUUGCUCCUCAAACUGUCUGCAGUGAGCCCAUUUUAGCCCCCUUCUUUUCACUGCAUUUACCCUCAGAGAGACUAAAUAUUUGUGCAAAGAAGAUAUGCAGCAAAACUGGAGCCCUUCAGGGACAAAACAGGCUCUCUUAACACACCUUCACUCUAAAAGGCCUACUCAAAAUCACCAUGAAGACUUGAGCAGAAACUCAAGUGUUUUCACAACCUGACAUUCACAGGCCUACAAACAGUCCUAUGUUGAAGUACGCCUGGAGAACAAAAAUGUUUUGUUUGACCUGUUUUCUGGUUGUCACUCUAUCUGCAGCCUUUCACAGUAGUGGGCUUGUUUCAGCGGGGUCUGCUUGCUGUACAGGGGGGACUGAGCCAUUCUCAGCUUUGUGUGCAUGGGUUGUCGGAUAUCAGGGAACCACCUGGGAGUUUGUGAAGCCAAGUGAAAGCCAGGAAACUCGGUGAACAUUAUCUGCAAGGUGAUUGUGUGUGGAUUUUAAUAAAAACAAUCAAUAAAUCUUGCCAAUCAGA